AAUAGACAACUUAAUUUUUUCUUAAAAGAAGAACACUUUUGUUAGCCUCAUUCCUUAAUUGAAAUAAAAUAUACUAUUUUAUCAAUGUCAAUAAAUUGAAGACUAAAAAUUAUUGCCAAAAUACAAAUCUAUUCCGUCGUGUGUUUCUUCAAAAGAACAUUUAUUUAAUUUUGUAUUUAAAUCCAUAAAAACUCAACCUACAAUUCCAUAACAGUAAAGUAACCGAGUGAAAAUGAACCUAAUCCCAGGCGAACCAAUUCCGCCUGGCUUCGAAGAUGAAAUAAAUCGUGUUCCUGAAAUUCAGUCGACUAUAAAAAACUAUCGUGAGAAUGCUCUCAUUGGAAUCGAGUACACCGUAGAGCUGCAGAACGAUGAGGAACGUGAACCCUCCUACAUGUGUUUGCUGUGCGAAAAACGCGGUGACCCACGUACCAUCAUUUGCCAUUGGACUAGCUACAACCAUCGUCUCAAGUACUUGGAGAAGCACUUCCCAUCAGUCAUUCGAGAACUGGCUCCGGUGCGCUACAAGCCCGAUUCUCGUCAAGCUAUGAAUCAUUUGAUAGUUGGCAUUUGCAAUGCCAUUGAACAUCAUUAUGGUAGAUUAUCGGUUAGUGUUUAUCACGCCGAUGACUUUCAUUCGUUGCGAGAACGCAUAAUAGAAGAAAUAAACGAAAAGUACCAUUACGACGAAAAGAGUGGCAUAUCAUUCACCAAUGCCAUUGAUCGCGAGUACUUGAACAAAAAUACGCAGAUUUUGCAAAUCACCAUCAAAACUCCGGCUUCUAUUAAUGCAGAUGCAGUUCCUCUAAAGGAUCGUGAUAGUUUGGAUGAGAUAUCGAGCGAAGAAGAAACAACACGAAAGGUAUCUGGUGUAUCAAAUUCCAAGAAGAAGCGCAGAAGUCAGUCACCGGCUUAUAAAGUAGCUCUUCCAAGAGUUCGGCGUUCUCCUCCAUUCGAAGAGGUUCGUCCAGGAGAUUCCAACAAGAAAAACAAUAACAGCAAUGUCACAUUACCAACACCUAAAGAACUUUCAAUUCAAGCAUUCCAAAUUGCCCAAGAACGCUAUAAAUGGGAGAAAUAUCGUUGCAUGUUAGAAAUUGCAGUCAAAGGUCUUGAAAAAACCUUGAAAGACUAUGAGAAAAAUCCCGAAAAACAUCCACUCUACCCAGAAGAAUGGAAGAAGUUUUGGAAUCGUCGCUACAAAGAAUUGCAAGCCGAAAAGAAAGUUGAUCCCAACAAGUAUGACUACAAACCUGAAUGGAUUGUGUUUUGGACAAAACGCAUGAAGGAAAUACAUAAUACCGAAGUUGAAGAGAAAAAAAAAGAAAUCAAAGUUAAUCUUGGUCUUAAGGAAGACGAAGAAGAAAGAACCGAUCAGCUCAAACAAAAGUAUAAGGUUCAGGCGUCCAAUGCUCAUAAAAGUGUCCGUAGUUCUUCUGCUGAAAAACUAUCCAAAUCAUCUGGAUCUAAUCCGCCGGCACCAAGUAAUAAAAACGACUCUAUACAUAACCAAAAACCUUUAGCUGUAAUUGAUAUAAGCGACGAUGAAGAGGACGACCGAAAACACAAGUCUUCCAGAUCGAAAGGUAAACGCGUCCGCCCACGUUCUCGUAGUCGAAGCUUAUCGCCAUUGAGUGACGAUUACAGGGAAUCACGCCACUCACACUCUUCGUCCUAUCGUAGUCUAUAUGAACGGUCUAGGUUAGUUCCAGGGCGGUCGUCCCAUUAUCCACCAUCACGGACAGUAGCUCCAGAUUAUUAUCCUAGUUAUCAUAGUGGCCACUUUCCACCACCGCCAACUUAUGGACCUGGUUAUAGAGUCCUUGAUCCGUACAUGUACCCGCAGUAUGAGAAACAGGGCAGAUUUUCUCCUCCUCCAAAGGGUAAGUCUAAGGCAGAGGAAGUUAAAGAGGAGGCCGAAGAUGAAGGCCCGCUAACAGUUGUGGCUGUUUUGCGGUUGCUGACAGCUCUUGAAGAGCAUUUGGGAAGUUUGGGACCGAAAGUUGUUGAUCUUUUGGGUAAGGCGUUGGCAUUGGAAAAAGUGAAAGCUAAUUCUGCCGAUGAUAUGCUUGUGAAUGAGGACAAUUCAGUGUUUUUCGAGACAAUUAAAGAAAAGUUAAAAGGACUCCUCAUCGCUGAUGUUCUAGAUGAUGCACAAAAAGUCAGAGCUGUGAAGAAAGCUGUUAAAAAUAUUGCAGCUAUUAUUCAUCAAGUCAACGAAAAAGGAAAAUCAAACAAUUCUGCUGAUUUAAAAAAUACCGAUGAGAAUAAACUUGCCGAAGAUAAACCAAAAGUUCCAAAAACUUCUAAGCCAACAAUUGCAGAUUUACCAUUUGACAGACAAAUUGUUUCAACAAAACUAGCAGCAGCUUUAGUUAUGCAAGGACGAGAGGAUGUUUCGACAACCGAUAUGGAUAAACUUAUUUAUUUCUUUAUACUUUUGGUAAAAUUGUCAAAAGAAAAAGAAAAAGUCGACGGAAAGCCAAUUCAAAUGAAGAACGUACUAACUGAGUUGGGUAUAGCUCCAAAAAUAAGUCCGGAAUUGGUUGAGGAGAUAAUUGAGCAGGAAGUUGCUACAAUGGCAGCUGAAGUUGAAAUGGAAGUUGAAGCCAGUGAAAAGGAAGCAAAUGUCUCGAGCAGUGCCAAUGCAUUGGAAAGCCUAACCGAUUCCGAUUUGCAGACUUUGUUGCAGAACUUCAAGCAUUUGUCAACUGAGGAACAACAUCACUUGAUUGCGCAUUUGAAAAAACUUGAAACCGCUGAUCCGUUGCGAGUUGAGAAGCUCCGAAAAUAUGUUAACUUAGAUACAGAUGCGAAGGAGCCAUCUGGCUCAGUAUCAGCUGGCAGUGAAAAUAAAUUUUCAGAGUCAUCAAGAUCGAAGAAAAGCGCAGCAGACGACUCCCCGCCACCAAGAAGCAAAGAUCAGUUUACCGAUGACGAUGAGAGCCGCGGAAGUAAUGUGCGGAAGUUUAUUGAUGAUGAUGACGAAGAUGAUGACUAUAAUUUCGAAGAUGUAUUCAAGGCUGCUUCAAGUAAUAUCACCCGCAAUUCUGAAGAUCGAUCAAGACACGCCCCAGCCAAUAAUCGUGCACCAUCGCCACCUGCAACUAAACCUCAGCAGCACUCAAACCUUCGACAGGUACAUAUAGAAAAAUCGCCACCUCCACCCGUGCUAUCAAAACAAUUAGAUAAGUCAACAGCAGACUUCAAGAAAGCCCUUGCUGGGGUUUCCAUAGCAGAUACUCAAAAUCUCAUUGCGAACCUUAUGGGUUCGUUGCAGCAAAGUUGUGGAAAAUUCAAUCCAAAAAACGAUGACGCCGCAGGUUCUUCAGAAGUAGAGCAGCGCAAUGUUGUUGCACCACCUUCAAGGAAUCCUCAACAAAGUGCGCAAUCGUCUGUUUCAGUGCCCUUCUAUCAACAACAGCAGCAACAACUGCAACAGCAACAGCAACAACUACAACAGCAACAACAACAACAACAAAUGCAACAGCAACAAAUGUUAUAUCAAAACAUGUCUAAUCAACAGUCUCAAGAUUACUAUCAAGGCUAUAAUAACCAAGUAGCGUAUCCUAACUUUAAUUACUCUGGUCCAAUGCAACCGGGUAUGACGGCCCCACAAUUGGCUCCAUUUAAUGCAAAUUUUAUGCAGCAACAAAUUCCCGAUCAAGCAAAUUAUAACUGGAACACCGGAAAUGGUGGUUACAAGUAAAAUCUUAACGCCUGUGUCGUGUCGUAUGCUUGAGUGUUGUGUUCCCGUGAAUACUUAGAAUUAAAUAUUAGUUAUUUGUAAGAUGCAUAAACUGUGAACUUAACCAGAAGAAAUAAUAUACAUAUAUAUUAUACAAAAAAAAAUAGUGUUACCAGUCGUACACAACAAGAACGAGGAUUGAUUUGUUAUUCUAGAUGUGUGCUACAAUUUUUGGAGAUCUAAAUGUUAAUGACAAAUUUGCAAAAGACGUUUCGGGCAUUCGUCGUUCUACGGGCGUGAAAUGUUUAAGGAACCAUUAGUGAUUAAGUAACCAACAGUUCCGUAGUUAUCACAGUUUUGUAAUAAUUAAAAAAAAAAUAUAAUUACAUUAUAUAAACAAAGUUUAAUCGCAGCAUUGUUCAUAAACUUGCUUGAAAAGACCGUGUUUCUGAAACAAAAACAUCUCUUCUUCUUAAAUGUUCUUAGGUGACAAAAAUAAAAUACAAAUCAUUUUGUGGAUAA